GCGACGAGUGGGUUCCGCCCUGUCCGUCUCCUCCGACGUGGUCGCCGGGGACAAGGCCGCUCCCGCCAUGGAGACCCCGACCAAGGUACUCGAUCUCGGCGAGGACACCCGGAGCUCGACCGCCCCGGCAGUAUGGAGCGCGCCUACAUGAAUGCCAGGCAGGGGAGGUUGUUACAGGCUAGGUGCUGUGUGGCUCUUGGUGGCUGCGGCUGCUUCGUUCCAGUUCCGGUGGCGGCGGCGGUACACCCCUAGGGGUCUCUGCAAGGCUGUUGAAGGGAACUCUUUUCAGCCUCGGUCCUGGGAGGCAGGGCGUGGCAAGGUGUCUUCCUUGCCUGCACCGACCAAGGCCACAAAGAGUAGCACACGUGUCUGCAAGGAGCUGCUGCUGGAGGUCUUGUCGCCGAUGUUCCGGAGCAGCUACCGCCGGCCUCCUGCCCAACGUGCUUCCAUCGGCAAGAAAGCCGUCACAGAAUGGCGCUGGAGCUGUGCGGCGGCGGCCUUCAAAGGGAACUUGAGCCUGGGUCAUGGGAGGAGGCAGGGCACGGCCUUCCAUGGGUGCAAGGGCUGCCUGAAGCGCGUCCACAAGGAGUAGCACACACGUCUGUAAGGAGCUGCUGGCUGGGUGUCUUGUCGACGAUUUUCCGGAGUAGCUUCUGUCGGUCUCCACCCCAUCGUGCUUCGGUUGGCAAGAACGCUGCCUCAGAAAGGUGAUAUAAGUAGCAGUCUGUUGUAUGCCCAUUGCUGCAAGUUGAAGUGUUUCCGGUUAGCAUAGCUGUUAGCUUUUCGGGUGACCGUUUAUGAUUGUGCGGCCAGCCAAUAGGCAGUAUUCAUCUUUGAUUGCGUUCAGUUUGUUUUGGUGCAGCUUCAGUCCUGCACGGACGCAAACGACAUGGUAGCUGUGUGGUUCUGCUCCGCCCAGUGAUUGUGUUUGGGAUUGAUAAUACUACUAUAGUAGGAUUGUUUGGUGUUGGUGUGAUGUAAUAAUAUAAAUAAUAAUCUGUAUGAUGAGAAGAA